CAGAGUCGUAUGAGAGAUAGCAUUGUCUUCUAAAAUCGCUUAAACCCUAACACCCCGCCCCCGUUUCAAGUCUCAAGUUCUUACAGCAGCAAAGCAAUGGAGGAGGAGCUACGAGUUCGACUAAAUGAUCACCAACCGUCGAAGAUCUUCCCGGUUAAACCGAAAUCAACUCCCAAACCACUCUCCAAACCGGAGACGCCCGAUUCGAGAUACUGGUCCUCCUUCAAACCCCACUCGAUCCCCGACCUCGAAUCAUCCGUCUCCGCCGUCGCCUUCUCUCCGAUCCACCCUCACUCCUUCGCCGUCGCGCACUCAACCACCGUCUCCCUCUUCUCCUCCAAAACUCUCUCCCCCUCCCGCCGCUUCUCCUGCCGAGACGUCGUCUCCUCCGUCUGCUUCCGCUCCGACGGAGCCCUCCUCGCCGCGUCCGACCUCUCCGGCCUCGUCCAGGUCUUCGACGUCAAGGAGCGUAUGGCUCUCCGAAGCCUCCGCUCCCACAAGGCGGCGGCGCGGUUCGUCAAGUACCCCGUCCACGACAAGCUCCACUUAAUCUCCGGAGGUGACGACGGAGUCGUCAAGUACUGGGACGUCGCCGGAGCCACCGUCCUCUCCGAUCUGCUCGGACACAAGGAUUACGUCCGAUGCGGAGACUCCUCCCCGGUGAACGAUUCGGUGUUCGUCACAGGCUCGUACGACCACACCGUCAAGGUGUGGGACGCGAGAUCGGGGGAUUCGAGAUGGAUCGCUGAGAUCAACCACGGAGGACCUGUGGAGGAUGUUGUCUAUUUGCCGUCUGGUGGGAUGAUUGCGACGGCUGGAUUGAACAGUGUUAAGGUGUGGGAUUUGAUUGGAGGAGGGAGGAUGGUUUGUUCGAUGGAGAGUCAUAACAAGACUGUGACUUCUCUUUGCGUGGGGAGAAUGGUGGAUGAGAAUAGGAUUGUUAGUGUUGCUUUGGAUGGGUACAUGAAGGUGUUUGAUUACGGGAGGGGGAAGGUGACUUACUCAAUGAGUUUUCCAGCUCCUCUCAUGUCCGUUGGGAUCUCUCCGGAUAGUUCGGUUCGUGUUAUCGGUGGGUCUAAGGGUGUGUUUGCUGGGAAGAAGAAGAAGAAGGUUGGAGACGAGGAGGAGAAGAAGGUGGUGACGAGUUUUUGGAGUGUGAUGAGUGAAGUAGAUGAGAGUAGGAGAAGGGCGUUGAGGCCGAGUUACUUCAGGUAUUUCCAGAGAGGGCAGAGCGAGAAGCCGUCGAAAGAUGAUUACUUGGUGAAAGAGAGGAGAGGGGUGAAGCUGACGAGGCACGACAAGCUGCUGAAGAAGUUCAGACACAAGGAGGCGUUGGUCUCUGUUUUGGAAGGGAAGAAACCGGCCGACGUGGUGGCGGUGAUGGAGGAGUUGGUGGCGAGGAGGAAGAUGGUCAAGUGCGUGUCGAAUCUGGAGGAAGGUGAGCUGGGUUUGCUGCUCGGUUUCUUGCAGAGGUACUGUACCGUGGAGAGGUAUUCCAAGUUGUUGAUGGCGUUGACGAAGAAGGUUUUGGAGACUAGAGGUGAGGAUAUCAACGGUAAAGAGGAGUUUAAAGGGAUUCUCAGGAACCUGAAGAGGGAGGUCAAUAACGAGAUUAAGAUUCAACAGUCUCUCUUGGAGAUUCAGGGUGUUAUUGCUCCUUUGAUGAGAAUUGCUGGGAGAUGAUGAAUUAAUGUAAGGUUUGGCUUGGCUGCUUUGUUUUUAUGUAAUGCUAUUCUAGAUUAUGUUCCAAGUUUUGUCUUAUUUCAAUUGCUGGGAGAUGAUGAAUCAAUGCAAGUUUUGUUUGCUUC